AUGUUGCUGAAAGGACAACUGUGGCAACUGCAAUACAACUUUUCUCGUGAUGUCAACAUUUCGAUGUUUGGAAAAGGCCGCGCCGAGUGCCCACUUCACGAUAUUUACGUCUAUUUGUGUCUUACCACGUUGGGGCGCCGUAGCAGGGAUGGAGUUGCCGGGGUUAUGUCCUACUAUGUUGGGCAUCGUAGCAGGAAUAGGGGUGCCGCGUAUGGAGUAACCCUGAUGUACGAAAAGGCCGAUGCCGAAAAAGGCCGUAACGGCUCCGGCUGGACUGGACGGGGUCGGCUCGGCGCCGACUUGAACCACCAAUCAUCCGGCUUUGAAUUAUCUGCCAACGAAGACCUCAAUGGUCAAUGA